UAAAUUUCAUUUUAAAAUGGCAUUUUUAAAAAUGCACUAGUGUACACGCAGCCUUACAUCUAUUAAACAGUUCUGAUGGGGGGCAGAUUGAUAGUUAGCAAGAUUGAGUUACGAAAACAAACUCAAACGACUUGUUCAGCAUUUGAUAGUGUGGUCAGUCACUGAACAUGGAAGUGUGCCCAUGUGCAAAUGCUGCAUUUACCCAGGCUUAUGCAGGACAGACAGGAACCUAGUGUGAAGGCAGCUGAGCUUUCACAGAUCUCGGUAUAACAUUGUGUGGUAUUGUAACGUGCUGUUCUGUGUCUAACCUUUGUGUGAAUUGUGUUGUCUAAGAGGACCAUCAUGUCCUCUGACCUGCUGGUGGACCUUCACGAUGAUCUGGGAGGAGAUGACUCUCCUAGCGCUGCCCUGGACCAGCUCAAACUGGUACAGGACAAACAGUGGCCACCAGAUGACCCUUUUAGCCUGAGCAAAUCCGCGUCAGAUAUUAAAAGCCUUGGCGGCACAUCACAUCUGCCCUGGGAUGACCCCUUCUAUGACAUUGCCAGACAUCAGAUUGUGGAGGUUGCAGGUGAUGAUAACUUUGGUCGGAAGGUCAUUGUUUUUAAUGCUUGCCGCAUGCCUCCCCAACAUCAGCUGGAUCAUCAUAAACUUCUCAUGUAUUUGAAGCAGACUCUUGAUAAGUAUGUGGAGAGUGAUUAUACCCUCAUCUACUUCCAUCAUGGUCUGACCAGCGAGAACAAGCCCUCUCUAAGCUGGCUUCGAGAUGCCUAUCGAGAGUUUGACAGGAAGUAUAAGAAAAAUAUCAAGGCGCUGUACAUAGUCCAUCCCACCAUGCUUAUCAGAACCAUCCUUAUUCUCUUCAAACCCCUUAUCAGCUUUAAGUUCGGGCGCAAGUUAAACUACAUAAAUUAUUUGAGUGAGCUGGAGGAGAUUGUGAAGUGUGAUCAGCUGGUGAUUCCCAACAGAGUCCGAGAGUAUGAUGAUAAGAUCUGUCUGUCCCUGAAGCCGUCUGUCGUCCCUGGACCAAUUUCUCCCCCUCAUAGUCCUCCGCUUCCGUUCCAGCAGUUUGGCGUUCCACUGUCAGUAUUGAGACACAGGGCGGCAGACUCAGAGGGAAUUCCACUAGUCAUGCGUGAUACUAUUGGAUUCCUGCAAGAGAAUGGUCUUAAGACAGAGGGAAUAUUCCGGCGUUCUGCUAAUGUUUCUUUGGUUAAGGAUGUUAAGCUGAAAUAUAACUCAGGAGAGGAAGUGAGUUUCUCUCAGCUGGACGAUGUCCACUUGGCAGCUGUGAUCUUAAAGAUGUUCCUCAGAGAACUUCCAGAGCCGCUGCUUACCUAUCAGCUCUACAACGACAUUGUCAACUUCCACAAUGUUGACACAGAGUCUCAGGCAGAAAGGAUUCGGAACAUGCUGAUGUCACUUCCUGAGGAGAACUAUGCAUCACUGCGCUUCCUUAUACAGUUUCUUGCUCAGGUGUCUGCUGAGAGUGAAGUCAAUAAGAUGACCAAUGCCAACCUGGCUGUGGUGUUUGGGCCCAACUUACUGUGGGGGCAGGAUGCUUCCAUGACACUCAGCGCGAUCGGACCAAUCAACAACUUCACCCGCAUCCUGCUUGACCUACAUCAGAAGGUCUUUAUCCAGUGAGGAGCAGGAGAACUUUUCACAAUGACUCCUCUCUGGUUAUUGUCCCUCCUAGUUCCAUAGCUUUGCUCCUCUGUGGCUGUGCCCCGUCCUUAAUUUCUCCCUCAGUAUUGCCAAAUGCAUGAGUAUUUUAACUGGGUGAAGCUACGAAAAAAGGAUACUGGAGGGCGCAGAGUGGUCAAGCUGUCACAAACGUUUAGGCUGUGAUUAAAUUCUGACAAUCGUCUCCUUUCUUUCCUGCAGAAAUCAUGUAGCUGCUGUCAGACAUAAUGGUACUGCACAGGCACUAGAGUUUUAUAUGGUCUGUUAGCAGAGGCCUGAAUCAAUAAACCAACAAAGUGUACAGGUAGCUGCUUUCAUUUUUAUUUUUUGGUUGCUCAUCAGCUAUACUUCGGAAAUUUUUUGUUGGACUUUACAGAAUUCAUUUCAGUUCAUUUUUCCAAGUAAAAUUUUACUAAAUGCACACGUCCUCAUUUUUGUAAGCCAUAGUUGGCACAAGCUAUGGACAAGUAUAAAGCACUACUACUCAAACUUGAAACACUUAUUUUAAACAUGCUUAUUUCAUUUUACAUAAAAUAUAUGAUAUUAUGUAUUGUCUCAAAGAGCUUUCAUUCAGUCUUCGUUUAUAUUAUCAUAUGAUUAUAUUUUUAUUAAUUCUAUAAUCUGUUUCAUCUUUUUUUGGUGUCUCAGUAGCUCCAGAAACAGGGCAGAUGCUUUAUGGCCAGCACAAAUUUCCUGAUGCUGAAACAGAAAAGUAAUUUUUCUGAUCAAAACCUGUGUGUGUAUACAUUUAUACAUGUGUGUGUGUGUAUGUGUAUAUAUAUA